AUGGCGGACCCAGACGCUGCUGGGUCAAGUCUUGGCCAUCGACCUGCCAGUGUCACUUUUAUCGACAAUCGACUUCCAGAGCACCAUCAACUGUUUGCAGAUCCUUCUGUGCACUAUGAUCCAGCUGUUGAGAAGUAUGUGCCGAGUAUGGCAAAGGUGGACGAGGGUGUGGCCUGGAUCCCAAGACCCGUAUUGACAAACAUCAAUGCGAUGAAGUUCUGGGAGGAUAUACUUCCAAAGGCUAUGGAAGAGCUGAAAUCAACAGUAGAGCCUGACGGUCGAUCUAAAACAACAUACGGUAUCCGAGAUAAAACUAGUUGGGAUGCCAUUUAUAGCAGCCUCGAAGCAGCAAAGUUCAAGUAUGAAAACAAAGAAGGUGCAGCAAAUAAACUACGCGAUGUGCGACGAAAGGCUGCGAGCAAAAUUGCCCCUCUGGAGGGUGUGGUCAAGAUAGCCUCAAAGGUGGUCCCUGAGGGCACCGCGGCGACGCCCGUGCUGGGUUCAUUGCAAGUGCUUCUAGAUGCUGUAAAGAUUGCUGCACGCCUACGCGAAAAAGUCCUUGAGAGUUUUGACGACAACGUUUCUAUAUUCUCAGAUGUCGAGCUGUUUCUAGGAACUUUUCCAGACGAUGAGAAUAUUGUAAACGCAUCCGUGGAUUUGACCGUCGCCACUCUUAAAGGGAUCGAAUUGGCUAUUGGUUUCUUUAUUAGCAACUCUCUUAUGAGAGGAACCAAGGCGCUUCUUACUAACAAUGAGUACGAGAAACGCCUGUUGGAAAGCCUCGAGAUGAUUAAGACAAAAAGCAGAAGCCUCAUGGAAGAAGCUUUGAAGUCACAUAUAUACGAAUCUCAUAUUUAUUCUCAAGAGACACAAAAGCUUUCCCGGAAUGUGCAGACUAUGAGUGAAAGGGUCGAUAAGCAACUGCAAAAUCUGGGAGACGGAUUCAACUCUAUGAAUCUACUAUUGACAGAACAUGUCAAAGAAAAAGACAAAAUGCUCGAAGCUGCUCGCCGGGAGCUAGAAGAAACCCAACGCGAGAACCACUUUCUCAGAGCUGAAAACAACACGUUACGUGCCUACUCACCGUUACAAGCCGUAUCACCAUAUCUACCGCCGCAGACACAGAUAUUAGCAACACAGUGGUACAUCAGUCAACACAACCUACGACAAUUGCUGAACAUGCUUGAUGUCGACCUCAGAGAUCUUGCCUAUGUUGCAGACAAGAAAGAGCAAUUCCCUCCCAAACAACGACUCCUAGCUGAGCAAAUUGUAAACACACAGCUGUUCCGCAACUGGGUGGUGUCGCCGACUUCUUCUAAGCUUUUGGUUCACUGGGACUCCCGGCUACCAAAAGUAAUCGAAGGUGUCUCGCCACUAUCCGUCUUCUGUAUGACUAUGACACAAGCAUUAAGAGCCAAAGAGCGAUUUUUGUCCAUGAUGUGGUUCUGCGGACGGCAUGUCGAAGCAGAGGAGUCUGGAGGUUGUGUUGGUGGCUGUGCCAUGAUUGCAAGCCUAAUUGACCAGCUAUUAAGGCAGCAUACAUUCGACGCUCAUUUGCUGUCCUCGACGGCUAUUAACCUCGUAGGAUUGCGGGAAGGUAAUCUCGAUACAUCGAUAGAGGUUUUAUGCUACUUAGUGCGGCAACUUCCUCCGACUGUGUCAGUAUUCUUCAUCAUUGACAACGCUGCGCUAUUUGAACGAGACGAGUUUGAGUCAGAAGCACUACAAGACUUUUCUAUCUUGAUUCGUCUUUCUCAGGACACUAGCAUGCCUGCUUCAGUCAAAUUACUGCUUACGAGUACGCCGGGCACGACGAUAAUACGGAGUGCGUUUGAGGAUGAGGAUUUGAUCCUGAAUGUAGAGAACCUGCCGCAGAUGGUCUGGGCAGCUAGCGAUGAGCGCAUGGUGCGGGAGCUUGAGGGAGAGCUCAUUUAA